AUGUCCGACCCACCGGUCGAAAAAACAAGUCCAGAGAAGACAGAGGGCUCUUCAUCCGGCAGUUUUCGCGUCCCACUCGAAUCCGACAAGCUUGGUGACCCGGAUUUCAAGCCAUGCGUUGCACAAAUCACAAUGGAGAGAAACGCAGUGUUCGAGGACAACUUCCUCGAUCGGAGACAGAGUGCUCGCGCAGUAAUCGAGUAUUGCUUUGAGGACGAAAUGCAAAACUUGGUUGAAGGGCGACCUGCUGUUUCAGAAGAACCAGUUGUUCCCAUACGAUUCCGACGCCCACCACCGUCCGGACCUGCUCACGACGUCUUUGGCGACGCCAUGAACGAAAUUUUCCAGAAAUUAAUGAUGAAAGGUCAAUGCGCAGACUUCUGCCACUGGAUGGCUUAUUGGCUAACAAAGGAACAAGAUGAUGCGAAUGAUGGAUUUUUUGGCAAUAUUCGCUAUAAUCCAGAUGUCUAUGUCACGGAAGGCACAACAGAAGCCAAAAAGGCGUUCGUCGACAGCAUGUGGCCGACUGCUCAGCGAAUUCUUCUGAAAUCCGUCCGGAACAGCACGAUUUUACGCACAAAGUGGACUGGAAUCCACGUGUCAGCGGAUCAGUUGAAGGGGCAACGCCCGAAGCAAGAAGAUAGAUUCGUAGCUUAUCCGAAUAGUCAGUAUAUGAAUCGGACGCAGGAUCCCGUCGCCCUUCUCGGUGUGUUCGAUGGUCAUGGCGGACACGAGUGCUCACAAUACGCGGCCUCUCACUUCUGGGAGGCAUGGCUGGAGACUCGACAAACUAGCGACGGUGAUGAGCUCCAGAAUCAGCUGAAGAAGUCACUUGAGUUGUUGGAUCAACGAUUGACAGUCAGAAGUGUGAAGGAGUACUGGAAGGGUGGCACGACGGCGGCGUGUUGCGCUAUCGAUAAGGAGAACAAGACGAUGGCGUUCGCGUGGUUGGGCGAUUCACCAGGAUACGUCAUGAACAACAUGGAAUUCCGCAAAGUGACACGCGAGCACUCGCCGUCCGAUCCAGAAGAAGCGCGUCGAGUCGAAGAAGCCGGCGGACAACUAUUCGUGAUCGGUGGCGAGUUGCGAGUCAACGGAGUGCUCAACCUGACGCGUGCUCUGGGCGACGUUCCCGGACGACCGAUGAUAUCGAAUGAGCCGGAGAUAUGCGAGAGACCGAUUGAGCAAGGCGACUAUAUGGUGUUUUUGGCGUGUGAUGGUGUAUCGGACGUGUUGAACACUGCCGAUUUAUACAAUUUGGUUGGCGAGUUUGUCAGAACAUUUCCUGUUGAAGACUACUCGGAAAUGGCUCGCUGGUUUUGUCACAAAUCGAUCACCGCUGGAAGUGCCGACAACGUGACAGUCGUCAUUGGAUUCCUUCGUCCACCACAAGACAUCUGGAAUCUCAUGAGUCGUAGCUCGGAUGAUGAGUCUGAUGAAGAAGAAGAGGAUGAGGACGACGAUUGA